UGCUCCUUAUUUCUUAGUGAAUUACGGAUAGUUGCUUUAUCAUUGGCACGCAUUAUUGGGUACGCCCUGAUACUGCUGUUAGCAAUCGCAUGCCUCAGGUAUCUAUGGUAUUUAUCGCUAUCGCCACAUUACCGUCGGAGACCUAAGGUCCUAAGCAUGAAUCCCACUCUUGGGCAACACAAAUCAUGACUUGGCCUGUUUUAUUUUCUAGCCUCGUCAAUGAAGUUUGAACUAGUCAAAUAUUUGGUGGGUAGGACGGCUUCAAUGUCUUGGUUCCUUCCGGCUCUAACACCAUCGAUAUGACGGGUGAUGGCGGUAAUAUGGCAUACAAUAGCCGCAUCGAAGGCUUCCGACAAAAUGAGUUUCCUAUGCUACGAGAUGAGGUCUACCUUGAUCAUGCCGGGACCACGUUAUAUGCGAAGUCUCUUGUAGACAAAUUUGCCGCGGAUAUGACAUCGAAUCUAUUUGGAAAUCCGCAUUCUGCUUCUUUUUCAUCCCAAACCUCCACUUCGCGUAUCGAAGAUGUCCGGCUUCGAGUCCUACAAUUCUUCAAUGCCGACCCAUCCGAGUUCGACCUCGUCUUUGUUUCCAAUGCCACUGCAGGUAUCAAGCUUGUAACCGAGGCAUUUCGAGGUCACGCCCUUGGCUUUGAUUAUCUGUACCACCAAGCAUGCCAUACCAGCUUGAUAGGCGUUCGAGAAGAAGCCACGCAUAAUCACUGUCUCGACAACGCUGGUGUGGAUAGUUGGCUGGGAGGAACCAACCCGUUUACCGAUCUAAGUCAUCACGAUAGUCCACUCCUUGUCGCGUAUCCGGCACAGUCCAACAUGGACGGCUCCCGGUUUCCCCUUGAGUGGGCCGACCAGUUUCGCAGAAGCCAAGCGGCGUCACACCGGCCAACCUUUACGCUGUUAGAUGCCGCAGCAUUCGUCGCAACAUCCCCUCUAGAUCUAAGCAACUCAGAGACGGCGCCAGACUUUACCGUAUUAAGUUUUUACAAGAUGUUUGGAUUCCCGGAUUUAGGUGGACUUAUUGUGAGACGUCAAGCGGCUCCAAUCUUCCGCUCCCGGAAAUAUUUCGGUGGUGGUACAGUCGACAUGGUAGUUUGUCUCAGAGAGCAGUGGCAUGCUCCCAAAUCACAGGCUUUACAUGAGUCGCUAGAAGACGGGACGUUGCCGAUACAUAGCAUCAUCGCUCUAGACUCGGCCCUCGAUGUUCAUCGUCGAUUGUUCAUUUCCAUGAAAGAUGUCUCGUCUCAUACAUCCUUUCUAAGUCAAAGGUUAUAUGACGGUCUGGCUACCUUGAAACAUAGCAAUGGCCAACCUGUAUGCCUCAUUUACUCGCAGCCGUCCUUGACAUCAAAGCAAGUAGGGACUCCCUUAGGGAAUGGACCAGUCGUAUCCUUCAAUCUCCAAAAUCACCUUGGAGGGUGGAUCAGCUUGGUUGAAUUUGAGAAACUUGCGGUGUUAAAGAAGUUUCAUGUCCGCACUGGAGGGCUUUGCAAUCCCGGUGGAAUCGCAAAUGCCCUUAAUCUCGCACCUUGGGAAAUGAAACGAAAUUUCUCGGCUGGAUUUAGAUGCGGAACUGAUAAUGAUAUCAUGAGUGGGAAACCAACAGGAGUUAUUCGAGUGAGCUUGGGUGGCAUGAGUACAAUUUCAGACGUAGAUCGAUUCAUUGCUUUCAUCAUCGAGUUUUACCUCACCGAAAAUAUACCCGAAUUCAUCUCACCAGCCUUAGUACCAGAUCCUCCAAGCCUACCGAAUAUGUCUGUGAAGGGCAUUACAGUAUUUCCUAUCAAGAGUUGUGGGGGAUUUCACAUCCCUACCGGAGUGGCGUGGGAAGUAAGAGCAGAAGGGCUUGCGUGGGAUCGAGAAUGGUGUUUGGUUCAUCGAGGGACCGGCCAAGCUUUGAGCCAAAAACGCCACCCUCGCAUGGCUCUCAUUCGGCCUGUAAUUGAUUUUUCUAAGGGACAAUUGCGAGUGUCUUACUUUGGACCUCUUCUACAGAAGAUCCUGCCUGAAGUAGCUGUUCCCUUAUCAGCAAACCCAAGUCUCUUUCAAGCAAGUAUGACAUCCAAUCCGAUGGCGUCCAGGGUUUGUGGUGAAGAAAUAUCAGCACAGAUAUACACUUCCCGCGAGGUCAAUGACUUCUUCACAGCUGCUCUUGGAGUACCAUGCGCACUAGCCCGCUUUCCACCCGGCGGCCUAGGUAAUAGUAUGCGACACGCCAAAGCUCACCUUCAAAAACAUCAGAAAGUCAAUAGAAGGUCGCAGUGCAUGAUACCGUGUCAGUUCCCGGGUAUGGACACGCCUCCAGACUCAGAUUCCGAAUCCGAGCGACAGCGCAUCCUCUUAUCGAAUGAGAGCCCCAUUCUCGCUAUCAACUUGUCCAGUCUCGAGGCGCUAAACCGCCUGCUUACCGAACAGGGAGGUAAAGCAGUCUCCCCAGAAGUAUUUCGGGCCAAUAUUGUCGUUGGUCCAUUGACUGCGGGGUCACAGCGAUUUGCUUAUUCAGAAGACCACUGGUCUAGUCUGCGGAUCGGACAACAAGACUUCAAGAUGCUAGGUUCAUGUCGGAGGUGCCACAUGAUAUGUAUAGAUCAAGAAACAGCAGAAAAAAACGAGGAGCCGUUCGUCACCUUGUCCAAGACGAGAAGGUUCGAUGGGAAGGUAUUCUUCGGGACACAUAUGUGUCACCUACCUUCACCAAAUACUAGUACCAAGGAGACCCAAUUUCCUACCAUUUCAGUGGGAGAUAAAGUACUCGUGGAUCCUGUUUAAGAAAUCUAAAUAUAGUCAAAAUAUUAAUCAUGGUUAGCCAUUUAUUCA